AAUUCUUUGAAAAGAAAAAACUUAAAUCAAAGAUGAAGCUUCUGGGAGUAUCAUCUCCUAACAGUUCAGCAGUCAGCUUAGAUCUCCUCAAUCUAUAUGUUGUUAACCAGAUAUCGACCAAAAAAGACAGCACUGGCAACUUGAAAAAGCCGGUCCAUGUUGCUAUAACUGAAAAUGUAAAGGCACCUUUUAGAAGGAACAAUCUAGAGCUUCCCAGGUCACCACUACGAAACCAAUUUACAGCACACUUAGAUGACAUCAAGAACAGGUUACAAGAGCAAGUACUGGACAGCAGAAGGCAGCAUCUCUUAGAAAAAGAAAAAUACCAACAUGAAUUAACACAAGUAACAGAACUAACUUAUGCUGAGUGUACGGAACAUGAAGACAACACAGCAACAACUUUUAGCACCUGUCCACUGUCCCCUUCUAUUUUUUGGUCCUCUAACUGUGCACAGUUUUCAGAAGAAAAUUUCAAUACAAAACUAAUGGGUGACCCUUGGGAACAGACUUAUGAAGAUAAGCUACAGAAACAGUCAAGAACUAUUUCUGAGCAAGAACCUUGGAUUUCAAAUCACUCAAGCCAGUGUAUUUUCAGGAAGUCUGAGACAGAGCCUCAGGAACUACUUAACCCAUUGCACAGGUAGACUGCCUUCUUGAUUUUACAUUAGAGAAAUAGUUACCAUUAAGUUAGAGUAAUACUAAAAUCAUCUGAAAUUUAUUUCCAUGUGAUUUUUCACUGAUCUUUAGUGCUCUUGGAUAGGAAUUGAUAUCAAAUAGAAAGACUGAACAAGCAAAGCUAUUAAAAUUUGCUGAAAGACAGUUAAAUGUGAUUUUGGUAGGUUUUUGGAACCAUGGUCUAUUUUUGUGGUGUUGUAAACAGGAUGGUGUUUUGUAAUUCAUCCAGAAGCAUGGAUUUACCAAGGGGAUGGGCCAAGAGAAGGGGAGUUGCUGGCAUUCUCAUUAGUUCUGUUCAUUGUAACAAGUGAUGACCCCGAUGCCUCAGCACUUGAGCAACUUCACUUACAUUACUUACAUUGAGGAUUCCAGGGAAAAAUUAUUUACUCUCCUAUUUCAUAUGCAA